AUGAUUAUUUAAAGUGAAAGAAAUAUUAUUAAUUCACGAAGAUCUAGUAUUGGACCAUCAUUCACAAGAAAUCCUUCAUAUAUUUAAUAUAGAAAAUAAAAUUCAGAUUGCUCUAUUUAUUCAGAAUCAAAAGAUUAAGCUGAUUCAAUCAACUAAUUAAAAUAAGAUUACUAGGAGAGAUAAUAAAGGGCCUAGUCUAUUUAUAGUUCAUUUGCUGUAUAAUAAUAUCUAAAGUUAGAAAAAACUAUUUUCAAAAAGUGGGGAUAAUAAAAAAUAAUAAAGCGAAGAACAAGUUACUAAUUUUUUAAAAUAAAUCAAAAGUAAAGCAAUUGUUAACAGAUUUAUUUCAAAUCUUUUUAGAAAUUCAUACAUUUUACCAUAAAAGUUGUAGUCAUAAUUUUAAGAUUAGUACAUAUCUAAAUACACUUCAUUUUCUAGAUAAUCAUUUAGUACCAUUUAUUUUAUAUUUUUAUAGAUUUAACAGAAAAUACUCAAUAUAUUAAAAUAUUUCAACCAGGAAGCAAAUUGCUUAUGUAUUGGGAUUUGAUUGGAAUUAUUAUCAAUAUAAUUUCUUUAUGGUUAAGCCCAUUUUAAGCAGCCUUUACUUAUUAAUCACCGAUCUUGUUAAUCGUAACCAUUAUUUGGUAUUUAUUUCUAGAAAUUUUGGUUAAUUUAAAUAGAUCGACCAUUUCAUUUGGAGAAAUUAUCAAUACUAGAAGCUAAAUUAUUAAACAUUAUCUUAAAGGAUAAGGAGUACAAGAUAUUAUAAGUCUUAUAAUUUGGAUAAUAAUAUUCAAUAAACCUGAAGAAAGUUUAGUUUUUGAAAUACUUUAAAUAAUAUAAAUUAUUGUCACAACUAAAAAAGUAAUAACAAAUUUUGAUAAAUUUUUUGAAUCUUUGUAUUCCAAAGGACAAUUUUCAAAUUUGAUUGAUUUGUUUUCCCUAGUAAUAACUAUAUUCUUUUUUGCUCAUAUCACAGGAUGUAUAUGGUAUUAUGUUGGAUAAAAGAGUGAUAGUCUCUUAGAUAAAUCUUGGUUAAAGAAAUAUGAAAUUGAGAAUGAAAAUAUUAUGAUCUAAUAUAAUUAUUCAAUAUAUUGGGCUACAACCACAAUUGUAACAGUUGGUUAUGGUGAUUUAACACCUUAGAAUUGGAUAGAAAUAAUAUUUACAAUAAUUAUGAUGUUCUUAUCUAGUUGUGUUUAUGCAUAUUCACUCAAUUCUAUAGGAAUUAUUUUAAAGAAUAUUUAAGAUACAAAGUAUUAAUAUAAAAAAAUGCUUUUGAGAAUUAAUGAUUAUAUGGACAAAAAUAAUGUUGAAAUGUAAUUAUAAUUAAGAGCCAGAAAUUUUAUAAAGCAUCAUUUAUUUUAAAAUGAAAAUUAAGAAAGUUAAGAGGAAAUAAAUAAUAUAAUGGAAAAACUUCCAGAAGACUUAAGAAUUCAAAUUACAAAAUCAAUUCAAUUAAAAAAUCUUAAUUAGAUAACUUUUCUAAAGGAUUUAUUUUCAUCUUAAGUUGUGAAUGAUAUUUCGAGAUAUUUAGAAACUUAAUAUUUAAUGUCUAAUGAUUUAAUAUUCUCAUAGAAUGAAUCUACUGAUUCUAGUUUGUAUAUUAUUUGAUAAUAAUUAGAUAUUUUAUCUAAUCAGGAUAAAUAGCCAUAUUUGAAGAGAAAUCUAACAAAACUUUAGUAAUAUUAAAUAAAGGUGAGAAAUUUGGAGAAUACUCUUUUUUUACUGGACUUUAUCCAAAAUAUUCUGUUAAAUGUGUAAGUGAUGCAGUUCUAUAUAAAAUAUAAAGAGAUAAAUUUUUAUAAAUCAUUUAAUAUUAUUAAAAAGAUUUUCAAAGAUUUCAUAAUAUUAAAGAUUAAAUACUUCUUAAUUGUGAUUAUUCAAAAUGUAUUUCAAGUUGUUAAAAUUGUAGAUUAUUUACUCAUGAAAUCAUAGAUUGUCCAUUAAUCUAAUAUAAACCAAAUUUAGAAUAAAGAUUAAAAGUGGCAGCAUUUAAAAAGGUUGAAAAUUUAAGAAAGUCUCAUAAAAGGUCAUAACAUAAAUCAAAUUGUAGAAAACUUUGCAACAACAUAGAAUUAUCAAUAAAAGCUUUUCAAGAAGAUAAUGAAUCAAAAGUAUAACUUUCUGAUUACUAAUCUGGACAUUUAUAUAAAACUACUUUUGAAGAAAGAGAUAAAUAAACAUUUGAAGAACCAAAAUCAAAGUUUUUAAUUAAUGACUAAGAUUAUAUUUCUCCAACUCAUUUCGUUUCCUCAAAUUAAUUAUAAUAGAAAAGACAUUAAACCUAAUUUAGACCUUCUAUCAUUGCCUAAAUACCAAAAAAAAAAGUAACUGUUUUUUAGUAGGAACUUAAAUCUUAAAACUAAAUAGUAAAUAAUUCCUUUAAUUCUUCAUCAUUUAAUAAGAUUUAAUCUGAUUUAUUAUUGCAAUUCCCAUCAUCUCAUUAAACUUCCAUGCAUAUUGAUUAGAUGAUGAAUUAUAAAGAUUACAUGCCAUUCAAUAAUAUUUCAGCAAUCAUUAUUUAGAUGGAGAAGAAUCCUAGAAGAUAAUCUAAAAGAAGAUAAAGGGAGAUAGAAUAAGUAAAUAAAUACACAUUCUUUCAUUAUGUGAAAAAAAUGGCUAUUAAAAUUAGAAGAGCUUCAAGUAAAAUGAUUUAAUAAUGGUGA